UCUUAUACAUAGAUUGUCUACAAACUUAAACAGAUCUAAAAAGUCUUUCAUCAGUGGAGUUGGAUGGCUGCUUCUUCAUCUUCAGCCACUCCUCAAUUGAAGAACUAUGAUGUCUUUCUUAGUUUCAGAGGCGAAGACACCCGCUAUAAUUUUACAAGCCAUCUCCAUGCGGCUUUGUGUCGCAAUAAGAUUGAAACUUUCGUUGAUAAGGAUCUGAUAAGAGGAGAUGAGAUUUCAUCAGCUCUUUUGAAUACAAUUAAAGCAUCGAAGAUUUCUAUUAUCAUUUUCUCACAAAAGUAUGGGUCUUCAAGAUGGUGUCUCCAAGAACUUGAACAGAUUCUUGAUUGCAUGGAAAGGAAGCAGCAGAUUGUUAUACCAAUUUUCUAUCAUGUAGACCCAUCUCAUGUAAGAAACCAAACAGGGAGUUUUGAGAAGGGAUUUGCUGAACUUCAAGACCGUUUUAAGGAAGAACCGGAGAUGCUGAAAAGAUGGAAGGGCGCGUUGAAUAAAGCAGCUGGUCUAUCUGGUUGGACUAUAAAUGCAGAAACGUAUGAAGCUGAUCUUAUUGAUAAAAUUUCAGGCGACAUUUUGAAAAGACUAAAUAAAUUGUCUCCAACUGAUUAUAAAGGUCUGGUUGGAAUAAAAUUUUUAAAAGAGGAAAUAAAGUCUUUGUUGAACAAGGGAUCAAAUGGUGUUUCCGUAAUAGGAAUUUUGGGCAUAGGUGGUAUUGGCAAGACAACUAUUGCCCGUGUUGUAUUCAACGAAAUCUGUCGUAAUUUUGAAGGAUCUUAUUUUGCUGAAAAUGUUAGGGAAGAGUAUGAUAUUAAGCUAUCAAACAAAGUAGUAGCAUACUCCAAAGGCGUUCCAUUGGCUCUUAAAGUGUUGGGUUCUCAUUUGUCUUCCAAGGGAACAUUUUUUUGGGAAAGUACAAUAAGUAAACUAGAAAAAGGUCCUCCACCGGAUAUUCAUAAUGUCUUAAAAGUUAGUUAUGAUGGACUAGAUGAUGCACAGAAGGUUUUAUUUUUAGAUAUUGCAUGUUUCUUCAAAGGGGAACCUAAAUAUUUAGUGAUAGAAACCCUAAAUGGUUGCGAGAUAGAAGUUCUUGUUGAUAAGUGUCUUUUGUCUAUGACAUGGAAAAAUGAAAUAACAAUGCAUGAUUUGCUUCAAGAAAUGGGUAAGAAAAUUGCUCAAGAUCAUGAAGACAUUCGAUUAUGGCAUCACGAGGAUAUCUUGAAAGUAUUUAAAAAAUACAAGGGAACUGAAGCAAUACGAUGCAUAAAGUUAGACAUAUCUAAAAUCAGUUAUCCACGCUUAUAUUGUAAUGUUUUGUCAAGGAUGGAUAACUUAACAUUCUUCAAAGUAUACAACUCAGAAUGCCAAGAUAAUUAUGAAAAUAGGUUGGAUGAUUCCAUAGAACUUCAUGCAAUAUUUUUGGGAGAAGACAACCCAGAACGCCGAGAUAGUUAUGAAAAUAAGUUGGAUGGUUUUGAAGAAGUUGAAUCCUUUCCCAAUGACAUAACAUUCUUCGGUUGGAAUGAUUACCCAUAUGAAUCAUUGCCAUUAAGUUUUCCUUCAGAGAGUCUUGUUACACUUGAUAUGCGACAUAGCAAAGUUAAGCAUUGGAACGGUGUUCAGAAUCUUAUAAAUUUGAAAUAUGUUGAUCUCAGUUUCUCCAAACACAUGAUAGAGAUUCCAAAUCUCUCAAAGUCCUCAAAUCUUAAGAAAUUGAUUUUAGUGGGUUGUUCAAGUUUGUUGGAGAUCAUUCCCUCUUCUAUUCAAAAUUUCGAUAAGCUUAAUAAGUUGGAUCUAAGAUAUUGCUCAAGGCUUAUUAGCUUACCAGAUGGCAUUCAAUCAAAUUCUAUUAAUCUCAGUUACUGCUAUGCGCUCAAGAUAGCUCCAAAGAUCUCAUGUAAGGUGAAAAUUUUAAAAUUAAGGAACACUGCAAUAAAAGAAUCACCCUUCAUCGAACAUCCAUCUGGACUAGUUGAGUUGGAUCUUGCACAGUGUUCAUCGCUUGAGAAUCUUUCAAGCAGCAUCUGUAAGUUGAAAUGUCUCAAAGUGCUUAAUCUUAACUGGUGCUACAAACUGGAAAGAUUACCAGAUGACUUUGGAGGAUCUCUUAUGUAUUGA